AAAUUCAAACAGACGCCUUGUCCAGCGGCAUGUUGUUGGAUCAGACUUAAAACUAGUAAAGAAUCUUUUUUUCAGCGAACCUGCAGUCUUCCGGUGAUGCGGUGCAAAGAGGCGUUGUAAUUCCUUGAGAGCGCACCAAGCUUAUAACAAGUAGGCUACACACAUGCAGCACACACUAUUUCUGGCGGACUGACGCAAACUUUUAGAAUAGUAAACAAAUACGACUACAGAGCCCGAAGCUGAGUGCAAACAGCAUCAGUGCGCGUAAUCACUCCGCGCAGGUUGGUUGGAGCGUCAGAGCGGACCGGCCAAGUGUUUUGGAACUCCGCUAUUUCGAUGAGCAACAACCGGGAGAAGAGCUUAUGCGCAAUUCUUCCGUUAGACUAUGCCUUCCCCAGCUCGGGGAGACGUCGCAUCGGGGACUGGACAGUCAGAGGACGGAACAGCAGAGAGCUACGGCCGGGAAAGAGGGGAGAGUGGACGCCUCGUGUGCGCUCUGGAGAUGGAGAUGACAAACCGCAGCACGCACAGUGACUCCAAACGAGACUGCGUAAAUUGCGAUGGUUUGAUCAAGCAAAACUGCGGGGACUCGGCAGAAGUUUCAGUGCCACUGUCACUUCCCGGGAAGCGCACUCAUAUGGAGGGAGAUGAUCUCUACAGACUACGGGAUAGAAAGCUCUUAAUAGAGGACAGAAAGCGCGUUUGUGCGUGGGCUUUGGGCACAGCUCUGCUCGGGAUACUGCUCAUGAUAAUCCACGCCGAAAUAUGCCCCUAUGUUAAUGUACCGGGCUCAAAAGUCUCCUUAAUCAUCAGCUGUUCCAUUAGCCUGUCCACUGCGUGUCUCCUGAUCCUCAUUGUAGCCUUCCAUUAUAAGGACAUCAGGCUGUUCAUCAUUGACCACAACCAGGUGGACUGGCGUAUUGCAAUGACUAGUCACAGGGUUCUUGUGAUCGCCCUGGAGCUGUUGGUCUGUGUUAUCCAUCCUGUAGGAUCAUACUGGGAGGUGGGCCAACAUGACAACUCUUCCUAUGCUGCUCCACUCUGUGUUUCCAAUCACCAUGGGAAGGCCCUGCUGGACAUGGAACUGUUACUAUCAAUGCUGAUGUUCCUCCGUCUUUACUUGGUGCACAGAGCCAUCCUGCUGCACAGCAAAGUGCUACUGAGUGCCUCUUACAGGAGCAUAGGAUCGCUCAACAAUAUCAACUUCACCUUUCGCUUUGUCCUCAAGGUACUGAUGAACAAACACCCAGCACGAACGUUGCUGGUCUUCAUCCUCCUCUUCUGGCUCACUGCAUCUUGGAUGCUUACUUUGUGUGAAAGGCAGACCCAAGCAUCGACCGGGCACAUGGAUACGGCUCUGUGGCUCAUAGUCAUCACCUUUCUCACGGUGGGCUACGGGGAUGUGGCACCCAACACCAGCUGUGGCAAAGCAGUUUGUCUCUUCACUGGUGUCAUGGGUGUAGCUUGCACUGCCAUGCUGGUGGCCAUCAUGACAGAGAAGCUGGCUUUGAACAAAGGAGAGAAACAUGUGCACUUCUUCAUGCUGGACAUCCAGAUCUCUAAAAGGAUCCGCCAUGCUGCUGCUAAUGUUCUUAGAGAGUGUUGGCUUCUGCAUCGUGCAAACCUGCCAAAGGGCAACCACGGCGAACACCGAAGACACCAGAGAUGCCUUCUGGAAGCCAUCAGAGUAUUUCGACAUUUACGCCUCAAGCAAAGAAAACUCAGAGAUUAUGUCAGUCAGAUGGUGGACCUUCCAAAGAUGCAGAUGAUCAUGUGUGACCUCAGUGCCAACUGGAAUAACUCGUAUCGGGAGCUGGAGCAGCGCAUCCUCUCCAUGGAGCAGAAGCUGGAUGAGCUAAGUCGCUGCUUCCAGCAAACAUCUGAGCUGCUGUCUGAGGUUCUGCAUCACCGCAGCCCAGUAGUCAGGUGACAUAGCACCAAACACUCAUAUGUAGAGCUUUCUUCUACAGUACCCAUGAUGAAUCCUCCACACCCAGAGCUGCUCCAGACUCUUGACAUGCGGAAUCAUUUGGAAGACUGGCAUACCUGCUCAAGAUCUCAUCCUCUGCUCCUGUGCUGAGUGCACUAUGCAAACAUUCAUUGCUGUAAAAUUACAGAGACCAUCAGAGUAAAUUUUGCUAUUUUUAUGCUUUCAGUAGAUCCAUCUGUGAUAAAGCACAACAACUAAACUGAUCUCAAACAAGGAUUGUGGAGGAUUUUGUAAAAAUAUCAGUUUAAACUGCUUUACAUAUGAUUUUAUUGAUAUACACUAUUACUGUCUGAUUCCUGUGGAAUGUGUUUUAGUUUAAUUUUAUUGUAAGUUCUUUGCAAUAAUUUACACCCAUAACCUAAUCCGUUUUGGAAAAACCGCUCAUAAACCUUUUUUUUUUAACCAGUUAGCAGACUGCUUAAUGGUUAAAAAGCUGAUUAUUGUUUAUAAACUCUAAUGAAAUACAAAAUAUCUAACAGGUCCUCAUUAUUUCUGCUUUUCUUAAGCAAUCGAAAGGAAGUGGGACUGAAAUUGGACAAAGAAGAAACAAAUUUUCAAGAAUUAGUAACAAUUUUUUUUAUUUCCAACUGUAAACGUGUGGGACACCAGUGGUUGUCAACCAAAAUGUAAUGUGUACAUUGAAGGUUGUAAUUGUCUGAUACAGGAAAAACAUCUGAUAGUUUACACCAGUUGAGAAAAAUGACAGGGGAGUCCAGCCUGAAACGACAGCUUAACUGCUCCCU